GGACUUCUCAAAGUCUCUGAUGAGAUUUAGCACAUGAUACCUUUAAGGGAGUUCCUCUGGGGGAGGAGAGGAGGCCAGAAGGAAGAGCUCAGUUACAUAACCAGUUACCUAAAACUAAAUAUUCCACCCCAAGAAGCUGUCCAGAUGUUGCAAAAAAAGAGAUGAGGAAAAGGCUGCUUGCCUGUAGCUGUAGAAACAGCAAGCGGUGGGAAACAACUUUAUGGAGGGAUUUAUUGUCAGAAGAGUGACGUCGUUCUAGUGUUGUCCCCAAAAUGAACUCUUUAUUAUCUGCAGUAAGUCGUCUGCCUGCCAGUAUGUGACCUUUAAUUUUCAUCCAGUGAUGAAAAUUGCCUUUGUCUUUAUAAAAUAAUAACUUUUGUGACUGUUUUAGUGACUUUGGGCUAAACAUUAACAAAUUCCUCUGCUGAGAGCCUUGAGCCUCCUGUACAGCUCCCGUGGCAAGCUUCUGAUUCCCACAGGACAAAGGGAGAGGCUUUUGCCAGGAAAGUCCUCAACCACCGCUCUGAGUCCCCACAUUUGGUUUCUACUAAUGCAGGAGGAGGUGGCGGAGCAGCUAGUGGGCAGCUGGCGCCCCCACUACGCAAGCCUCCGCCCCGGAGACUAGCCCCGCGCGGCCCCGGCUCACCAUGAUCGCCACCGGCGGCCUCCUGAGGAUUUCCGCCCGAAAGCAGGAUCCCCUCCGCCCCCCAAGCCAGGUCCCCAAGCGCAAGCGGAAAGCCAAGAGAAGGCGCAAGAACGAUGUGGUGGUGGUGAAAGGCAAGCUAAAGCUGUGCUCCAUCUCGGGGCUCAUCGCCCUCUGCGGGAUCCUGGUGCUGCUCGUGGGCAUAGCCAUGGCGGUGGUGGGCUACUGGCCCAAAGCCAACGGGACCGGCAGGGACGGGGCUAAGCAGCUGCCGCCCGCAGCCGGCGGCCACCGCGUCCCCACCGUGGCCAACAGCAGCAGCAGCAGCGGUGGCAGCCGAAACCGGUCCGGGAGCCCCCUGGGGGCUCGGGGGGGCGUCAACUCUAGUUUGGCGGGCGCGCCCCCGCCCCGAAGCACGCCGCCCGCGCGGUCCGCCGCCCCUGCGGCCUCGUCCCCGUCUGUGGGUCUCUUCUUCCGCCUCUUCUCGGGGUACCUGCACUCCGACAAGCUCAAGGUCUUCGGGCCCCUCAUCAUGGGCAUCGGCAUCUUCCUCUUCAUCUGCGCCAACGCGGUGCUGCACGAGAACCGGGACAGGAAGACCAAGAUCAUCAACCUGCGGGACCUCUACUCCACCGUCAUCGACGUGCACAGCCUCCGCGCCAAAGACCUGGCCGCCGCCGCCGCCGCCGCCGCCGCGGCCCCCGCCCCCGCCCCCGCCCCCGCCGCGGCGCCCCCCGGAGCCCCGCCGCUCAACGGCUUCCUCAGCUACGUGCAGUCGCGGGGCCUGGAGCUGAAGCCCGGGGGCGGCGGCGGCGCGGGGGACGCCUUCGGGGCGGCGGCGGUGCUGGCCCGGGGCUCGUGGCUCCCCCCGGGCCCGGUGGGCGGCGGCGGCGGCGGCGGGGGGGCCAAGGGCGCCGCGUCCCCGCCCGACCUGGCCUCGUCCCCGCGCUGCCCGCGGGAGCCCCCGAGCCUGGCGGAGGCGGUGUACAGCAUCUACCGCGAGCGCUCGGGCGCGGCCGGCCGUCGCCGGGCCGCCGCCGCCGCCGCCGCCGCCGCGCCCGCCAGCAGGGGCGGCAGCCCGGCGCCCUGCAGCCCACCCGAGAGCUGGGGGCGCCAGAGCACCGCCAGCUCCCUCGUGGACUCCUCGCUGAGCGCCUUCGCGCUCCUACCCUUGCACGGGGACCGCGACGGGGACGCGGACGGGGACGCGGACGCCGACGCGGGCGGGGAGGGCGCGAGCUGCGGCUGGCACAGGCCGCCCGGGGAACGUGGCUCUCGGGAGAUCCCGCGGGGCGAGCUCGACCUGAGCCUCACCGACCUCCGCGGCGGCCCGGGCGGCACGCGCUGGGCGCCCGGAGAGCUGGGGGAGCCCGAGGGCGCGGCGGCGGCGGCGGCGGCGGCGGCGCGCGCCGCCAGGGGGCAGGGCGGCCGCCUGCCCAGGACCGGCAGGUACGCGGCCCUGCGGCGCCGCAGCACCAGCGGGCUCCCGGACUACCGGGCGCCGCCGACCCCCGAGCCGCCCCCCGCCCCGCACGGCGCGGAGCUGGACUCGAGCCCUCUGGCGCGAGCUGCCUCCCGCUCCCCGCCCCCCGCCGGGCCGGCCUCGCCGAGCCAGAAGGGCCCCGCCGCCCCGCCGGAGGCCGGCCCCUCUGCGGAGUCGGCCCCGCGAGCGGCGGCCCGUCGGAGCGCAGACUGCGAGGCCGCCGCGGCCCCGGGCGCGCCGCAGAGCCCCGGGGAGGGCCCCGAGGAGGGCCCGGGCCGGGGGCGCCCCGCGGCGCAGCCACCUCCGCCCGCGCAGAGGCACUUUACAAACAAGGAGAAACUUUUCAUGAUCUCCCGCUCCCGCGCCGUGGCGGUCGAGGACGGAGACCUGGAAAGCACUGGCAUUUAGGGAGACAAGCAGCGAGAGCGCGGGAAGGAGCCAGAGUUGGGCAACCGCCCGCUUGAAUCGGCGAGUUUAACCUUUCCCGGGUUCCUCGUGGACGUACCCGAGGAAACCAUCCAACACCCAAAGAGCUGCGGAAUGUUAUCCUUGAAUUGCGUUCACAAGAUUCCUGUAGAUAACUCCAAGCAAUUAUUAUUAUUUUUUAAAACAGCAAACUGGUCUUUUAUGUCCGAUGGUGAUUGUAUGUUCCAUGAAAACCAAAUGUAUUAAAAGGUCAGCAAUCUAGUUCAUUAGAUAAAACUCUCUUAAUUUUCUUAGGAUCAAAAUAAUAUAUAUUUUUUUGAGAGUAACUGCACUUUACUCCAACUGCCCCCCGCCCCCCCCCCAAAUGGGGUCAUUUAACCCAACCCUGUCCUCUGCCACUGGUUUUGUCCCUAGCUGCUUGUGAAUGACAAGCUUUCCUUCUCCUGUGCUUUUGUGGAGCAUAGAAGGGUUUGUCUGAGUUCCUUGAGAACUGACCUUACUGAAGGAAGUCAAAGCCAGAAGCAAGAGUGUGUCAGGGAAGAGCACUUUCCUUGCCCCGCCCCUACUCUGCUCCCAACAGCCCAAAGGCCUCUUUAUUUUUUAAAAGGGUAUUUACAUUUUGCUACUAGGGUAUCUAACGGAGAAGGGGAGGGGCAGCAUCCAGAUGGAUUGUUACAUUCCUAAGUACACUCUACCAAGUACACAAUACUUUAUUGAGUAUUAUCACUCCUGUAUUGCAAAUAGCGUUAUUAAAAAUCUUUUUUUAAUAAAAGAAGUUUCCAAACAAAGACUUAAACAUAAUAUCGCUUCAUUUUGCCUUGGAACUGAUACUUCUAACACACAUGCAGCAUCGAACAGGUCAGCUGGUAAAUCUAAAAUAUUUUGCUAUGUCACUGUAUAUGAUUGUAGCUAUCCUCCCUCCAAUGCUCCACGCUAUCAUGACUCCAUCCAUUUCCAGUAUAUUUUUAACUUUUAAAUAUAGGGUAGUAUUGAACAUUUGGGAGUUUCUCUUUCAAAUAGAAUGAAACAUUAAAUAAAUAGUAAUUUUCCGUAAUACUUCCAAGUUUACCUCAAAGUAUUAAUCUACAGAGCACCAGGCUUAUUAAUGGCCCCUUUUCAUCCUCUUGGAUUUUUUUUUUUUUUUUACUUACUUGGUUUUGAUUUUAAGUUC